AUGCAGCGCGCAACAAUAAUGUUCGACAGUAUCAGAGAAGACGCAGAGCGCGUUGGUCAUGUUAAACAUGCUAGAGGAAAAAACAGUUACCAGCAGCAACGAAAUCGUCGAAAGUGCGGUCAAAACUCAAAGAACUCCGCGAAACGAAAUGGACAAGAGCGGGGCGGUCAGUUGCGCAGUCCCGCUGUCUCUAGUGAAGGCUACGAUGAAUGGGAAACAGCUAGUGAGAGCAGCACACGUAUUCUGCGAGGAGAUCACUCUGAAGUCAGAGCAUGCUUUGAGAACCCUCGUUGCAUGGCAACUACGCCUUCUCGAAAGUGCUCUGAUUAUCGGAUUGCCACUGCUGCUUCAGUUUUUGCAUCACAGACUGAACAUCCUAAAACUCGAUCGGCUGCCAUGGAGCGCCCUAACGGUUUAGGGUACGUCCAGUCUGCAGGUUGUAUGUUGCCAUCCCCUCUCGGAAACUUCAACAUUGGGAGCAAAAUGCGAAGCAAUCGUCGAUCGAGACAUAUUUACGAGUCGGAAAAAGACGUAUCGGACGGUCUUAUGGGUCUCAACAUCAAUGAUGUUGCCAAUGUGGUGGUUAUCGACGACCGCUCAGUUGACGCCGCUAGUGUAGGCAAAAAUGAUGAACUUGAACAGGUCCUGAACAAGAGAGUGAAGAAACAAAUAGCACACAUGAUGCAAGCUAAGGUGGAUGCUGAAGAGAAGCGGGCAAGUGAAAUGGAGUGUCAGAUACAUAUACAAGCGAAGAAAAGAACGCGUAGCAACAACAUGAGGAAAGGUAGUGCUUCGUUGCGUGUUCCUUUAAAAUCAUUUUAUGGUAGAUACCGUGUUGUAGCAGCAUAA